AUGUCUGGACUUUUGCGAACCGUCGCUCACCGUGCUGUUCCCCUUUUGCGGGGACACACGGUUUGUCAGCGGGCGAAUGUCUACACUAGACCCGCCAAGGAAAAGAUAGGCGCUGUGGAAACCGUCAUUGGUUUGACGCUUUUCUCCCUGGCCAUCCUGGGGCCAUCUGGAUGGAUUCUGGCCCAUCUUGAGGACUACAGAAAGAAGGAGUGA